AUGCCGAUCAAUGAAUUGGGGUCAUCGUCUAUGAUUCCAAUGAUCAAUGAAAUACAUCAACAAAAUUGUGACAAAGGCACCUCGAAACAAUUGAAAAUCCAUGAUCUUGCAGAUGAACGCAUUGUACUUAAAAAUGUAUCGUGUUCAUCGUCUACGAUGAUCAUGCUCCAAGAAAUGACAAACUUGAAUAGCGACACCACGGUGCAAGAAGAAUCAUCCUCUAG